GCGCCAUCUAAUUGUAAGAAGUUCAGCAUCCACUGGCAGGUAGCAGGUCGAUAGCUUUUCAGCCAAUCAGAUGGCGUCUUGGAGUUUGUUGCCUGUUUCGCCCACGUGCAGAGGGAGGCGAAGAGGGGCGUGUGUCAGAGUUUUUCGCAAGUGGGAAUAAAACCUCUCUAUCGUUGCUUCGCCAUUUUCGUUUACAAAAUUGUCGACUUGUUUAGAAGAACAGAUAAUUAUGUUUUCCAAAGCGGGAUGUAAGGUUUGUCCUUAUACUGUAAACUUGGAUGGUAACAGCAAGGCUAGCGACCAAUUAAGAGAUCAUCGUUCUCGCUGUAAGGACGCAAUCCCCCAGAACAGGUAUGACUGCGUGUACUGCUCCAAUGAUUUGAAGUACACUGAGGAAGGCAGCUUGCAUGAGCAUGUUUUUAAUACUGAGCUGGCCUGCAACAUUUGCAAAACGAACUUUAAAGGCUGCAAAGCCCUUGGACAACACAAACAAGAGAAACAUAAGGAAAACUGGUCCCAAAGCUUUGGCGUUGAAGUGCUCUCCUACGAACUCGAGGACACUGGAGAGGAAGAGGUUCAGGAAAUGUGCGCAGUUUAUAGUGCCAGUGGCGUGAUGGAAGCAAUUCCAAACGCCUUGUUUGAUCUUCUCUUGUCAAGAGUUGUUUCAUCAAAAGAAAAUGAAACUCAACUCAAGAUGACAACUGUGCACUCAUUCAUCUCAAAACCCACGGAGAAACAGGAAGUUGUCGUGGGCGAUCAAAUCAAUUUGCUUUACCUGCCGUGCAGAUUACACCAAGACGUGUUGACGAUAAUCUUGAUCAAUCUGGAACAGCAAUCUGUCCACUAUUUCAAUCCAAAGUAUAAGCUCAUCUCCUCAACCAUCACAAAAAUUGAAAGGAUCCUCGCUGGUCUCUACAUUUCGAUGGAGAGACCAUUCAAACAAGGAGGCUCGAAACUGGUGGAGUAUGAAAUGGAUAUCGAGGAUCAGAUUGCCUCACCAGAGUUGUACCUGCUGCUCUAUUGCUAUAAUGUAGGACGUCGGAAGCCAAUUGGUGUGGGACUGAAAAACUUGAUUAAAUUCAAGAAAAUGUUGCUUAAGUAAUGUAGGUGUUUUUGGGAGAUUAAAAGGUGUUCAGCUGAA